GAAUGAAGAAGGUUUCUGGUCAACCAUGACUGUGCCUCCAGGCCCUAACCUACCCCCCGGGCAGUGGUGACAACAGCAGGACCUGCCCUUGGAGAUCAGCUGCCAGGGUUGAUGGCUGGCAUGUCGCAGAGUCCACCCAGCAUGUACUGGUGUGUGGGGCCAGAGGGAUCAGCUGUGUGUCCAGAACGCACCAUGGAGACCCAAAAUGGUACCAGGGACAUGGGCAGCAAGCUGUCCACGCCAGGUGGGGACUCUGCAGCAUUGCGGUCCCCCAGGAUGGAGGGCAUUCACGCUGCAUACAGACAGGGAGACCUCAGCAAGGCCCGAGACCUGCUCAGGGAGGCCUGUGAGGACAGCGCAUCCCAGCUGGAAAAGGGUCAGCUCCUGAGCAUCUCUGCAGCCCACGGGGAUCUGGAGAUGGUCCGGUAUCUGCUCACCGAGAAGCAGGUGGAGCUGUCCACGGAGCCCACGGAUGACAACCCAGCCGUGGUGGCCACACAUUUGGGGCACACUGAGGUUAAGCAGGUGGAGCUGUCCACGGAGCCCACGGAUGACAACCCAGCCGUGGUGGCCACACAUUUGGGGCACACUGAGGUUGUACAGGAGUUGCUGGAGUCCUUGGCAGGUCCCUCCAGCCCGAAGCGCCUGCUGAACUGGAUGCUGGCCGUGGCUUCGCAGCGAGGGCACCUGAGCAUCGUGAAGCUGCUGGUCCUGACACACAGGGCUGACCCCGAGAACUACGCGGUGCGGAGGAACGAGUUCCCGGUCAUCGUGCGCCUGCCCCUCUACGCGGCCAUCAAGGCGGGGAAUGAAGACAUUGCCAUCUUCCUGCUUCGGCAUGGGGCGUUUUUCUGCUCCUACAUCCUCCUGGACAGUCCAGACCCCAGCAAGCAUCUCCUCAGGAAAUAUUUCAUCGAAGCCAGCGCCCUGCCCAGCAGCCGUGUGGGGAAAACCCCACUUCGCGUGAAAUGGUCCCAUCUCAGAUUGCCCUGGGUGAAUCUCGACUGGUUCAUAGACAUCUCCUGCCAGAUCACUGAGCUCGAUCUUUCUGCCAAUUGCCUGGCUUCCCUCCCCUCCAUCAUCCCCUGGGGACUCAUCAACCUCCAGAAGCUGAACCUGUCAGACAACCACCUGGGAGAGCUGCCCAGCGUGCAGUCCUCAGACGGGAUCAUCUGCUCCAGGCUACUGGAAAUUGACAUUUCUAGCAACAAGUUGUCCCACCUCCCACCUGGAUUCUUGCACCUCUCAAAACUUCAAAAACUGACAGCAUCUAAAAAUUAUUUAGAAAAAUUGUUCGAAGAAGAAAGUGCCACCAACUGGAUUGGUCUGCGGAAGUUACAGGAACUUGACAUCUCUGACAAUAAACUGACAGAACUCCCUGCUCUUUUCCUGCAUUCUUUCAAGACGCUCAGCUGUCUGAAUGUCUCCAGGAACAGCCUGAAGGUGUUCCCAGAGCCCUGGGCCUGCCCUUUGAAAUGUUGUAAAGCAUCCAAAAAUGCCCUGGAAUCUCUACCAGAAAAAAUGUCUGUCUUUUGGAAAAAUCACCUUAAGGAUGUGGAUUUCUCAGAAAACGCCCUGAAAGAGGUUCCCGUAGGACUUUUUCAGCUUGACGCCCUCAUGUUCUUGAGGAUACAGGGAAACCAGCUGGUGGCCCUGCCUCCUCAGGAGAAGUGGACUUGCAGACAGCUGAAAACCCUGGACCUCUCCAGAAACCAAUUUGGCAAAAAUGAAGAUGGACUUAAAACAAAGCGCAUUUCCUUUUUCACCACCAGAGGCCGCCAGCGUUCAGGGACAGAGGCAGGCUGCGUGCUGGAAUUCCCGGCCUUCUUGAGUGAGUCUCUAGAAGUCCUGUGUCUGAAUGACAACCACCUGGAUGCAGUCCCGCCCUCGGUUUGCCUGCUGAAGAGUUUAUCGGAGCUGUACUUGGGAAACAACCCUGGCCUCCGAGAGCUCCCUCCUGAGCUGGGGCAGCUGAGCAACCUCUGGCAGCUGGACGUGGAAGACUUGAGCAUCAGCAACGUGCCUGCAGAGAUCAGGAAAGAAGGCCCCAAAGCAAUGCUGUCUUUCCUGCGGGCUCAGCUGCGGAAAGCAGAAAAGUGCAAGCUGAUGAAGAUGAUCAUCGUGGGUCCCCCGCGCCAGGGCAAGUCUACCCUCCUGGAGAUCUUGCAGACCGGCAGGGCCCCCCAGGUGGCGCACAGCGAGGCCACCAUCCGGACGACCAAGUGGGAGCUUCAGAGGCCAGCAGGCUCCAAAGCCAAGGUUGAGUCCGUGGAAUUCAAUGUAUGGGACAUCGGGGGCCCUGCCAGCAUGGCCACUGUCAACCAGUGCUUCUUCACGGACAAGGCUCUGUACUUGGUGGUCUGGAAUCUGGCGCUGGGGGAGGAGGCUGUGGCCAGCCUGCAGUUCUGGCUGCUCAACAUCGAGGCCAAGGCCCCCAAUGCUGUGGUGCUGGUGGUUGGAACACACCUGGAUUUAAUCGAAGCCAAAUUCCGAGUGGAGAGAAUUGCAACUCUGCGUGCCUAUGUGCUAGCCCUGUGCCGUUCACCCUCAGGGUCCAGAGCCACUGGCUUCCCAGACAUCUCUUUUAAACACUUACAUGAGAUCUCCUGCAAGAGCCUGGAAGGCCAGGAGGGGCUGCGGCAGCUGAUCUUCCAUGUCACGUGCAACAUGAAGGACGUGGGCAGCACCAUCGGCUGCCAGAGGCUUGCGGGGAGGCUGAUCCCCAGGAGCUACCUGAGCCUGCAGGAGGCUGUGCUGGCGGAGCAGCAGCGCCGCAGCCAGGGAGACGAUGUGCAAUAUCUGACGGACAGGCAGCUGGAGCAGCUGGUGGGGCAGACGCCCGGCAACGACAUCAAAGACUACGAGGACCUGCAGUCUGCCAUCAACUUCCUCAUAGAAACAGGCACGCUGCUGCACUUCCCUGACACCAGCCAUGGCCUGCGGAACCUCUACUUCCUCGACCCCAUCUGGCUGUCAGAGUGUCUGCAGAGGAUCUUCAACAUUAAGGGCUCCCGCUCAGUGGCCAAGAAUGGGGUGAUCCGCACGGAGGACCUCAGGAUGCUGCUGGUGGGGACGGGCUUCACGCAGCAGACCGAGGAGCAAUACUUCCAGUUCCUGGCCAAGUUUGAGAUCGCCCUGCCCGUCGCCAAUGACAGCUACCUCCUGCCGCACCUCCUUCCAUCCAAGCCUGGCCUGGACAUACAUGGCAUGCGGCACCCUGCGGCCAACACCAUCCAGCGGGUGUUUAAGAUGAGCUUCGUACCCAUUGGCUUCUGGCAAAGGUUCAUAGCGCGGAUGCUGAUCAGCUUGGCUGAAAUGGAUCUGCAGCUUUUUGAGAACAAGAAGAAUACUAAAAGCAGGAACAGAAAAGUCGCCAUUUACAGUUUUACAGGAAACCAGAGAAACCGCUGCAGCACAUUCAGAGUGAAGAGGAAUCAGACCAUCUAUUGGCAGGAAGGGCUCCUGGUCACUUUCGAUGGGGGCUACCUCAGUGUGGAAUCUUCCGAUGUGAACUGGAAAAAGAAAAAGAGUGGAGGAAUUAAAAUCAUUUGCCAAUCAGAAAUGAGGGACUUCUCGGCGAUGGCGUUCAUCACGGAUCAUGUGAAUUCUUUGAUCGAUCAGUGGUUUCCUGCCCUGACGGCCACCGAAAGUGACGGGACCCCACUCAUGGAGCAGUACGUGCCCUGCCCUGUCUGCGAGACAUCCUGGGUGCAGCACGCCAACCCCAGUGAGAGGUCAGAGGGUGUGCAGUACUUCGACAUGGAAGACUGCGUGCUGACAGCCAUUGAGAGGGACUUUAUCUCCUGCCCCAGACACCCAGACCUCCCAGUGCCCUUGCAGGAGCUGGUCCCUGAGCUGUUCAUGACCGACUUCCCGGCCAGGCUUUUCCUGGAGAACAGCAGGCUGGAGCACAGUGAGGAGGAGAGCAGCAUCCUGGGCCAAGGUGGCAGCGGCACUGUCAUCUACCGUGCCCGGUACCAGGGCCAGCCCGUGGCUGUGAAGCGGUUCCACAUCAAGAAAUUCAAGAAUUUUGCUAAUGCGCCAGCAGACACCAUGCUGAGGCACCUGCGGGCCACGGACGCCAUGAAGAACUUCUCGGAGUUCCGGCAAGAGGCCAGCAUGCUGCACGCCCUGCACCACCCGUGCAUCGUGGCACUCGUUGGCAUCAGCAUCCACCCACUCUGUUUCGCUCUGGAGCUCGCCCCGCUCAGCAGCCUCAACACCGUGCUAUCUGAGAACGCCAGAGAUUCUUCCUUCAUGCCCCUGGGACGUAUGCUAACCCAAAAAAUAGCCUACCAGAUUGCAACAGGCUUGGCCUACCUGCACAAGAAGAACAUCAUCUUCUGUGACCUCAAGUCGGACAACAUUCUGGUGUGGUCCCUGGAUGUCAAGGACCACAUCAACAUUAAGCUGUCAGACUACGGGAUCUCACGGCAGUCCUUUCACGAGGGCGCCCUGGGUGUGGAGGGCACGCCUGGCUACCAGGCCCCGGAGAUCAGGCCUCGCAUCGUGUAUGAUGAGAAGGUAGAUAUGUUCUCCUAUGGAAUGGUGCUCUACGAGUUACUGUCAGGGCAGCGCCCUGCUCUGGGCCACCACCAGCUUCAGAUUGCCAAGAAGCUGUCCAAAGGCAUCCGCCCCAUUCUGGGGCAACCGGAGGAGGUGCAGUUCCAUCGACUCCAGGCGCUCAUGAUGGAGUGCUGGGACACGAAGCCCGAGAAGCGCCCGCUGGCCCUGUCCGUGGUGAGCCAGAUGAAGGACCCUACCUUCGCCACCUUCAUGUACAAGCUGCCCUGCGGAAAGCAGACGGCCUUCUUCUCCUCCCAGGGCCAAGAGUACACGGUGGUGUUUUGGGAUGGGAAAGAGGAAUCCAGGAAUUACACGGUGGUGAACGCGGAGAAGGGGCUGCUGGAGGUGCAGAGGAUGACAUGUGCCGGCAUGAAGCUGAGCUGCCAACUCAAGGUCCAGAGCUCGCUGUGGACGGCCACCGAGGACCAGAAAAUCUACAUCUACAGCCUCAAGGGCAUGUGCCCCCUGAACACGCCCCAGCAGGCCUUGGACACUCCAGCUGUCGUCACCUGCUUUUUGGCAGUGCCUGUUAUUAAACAGAACUGCUUCCUGGUGCUGGCAGGCCUGGCCGAUGGGCUUGUGGCUGUGUUUCCUGUGGUGCGGGGCGUCCCGAGGGAGAACUGCUCCUACCUGUGCUCACACACAGCCAACAGGUCCAAGUUCGGCAUCCCCGACGAAGACGCGCGGCAGAACCCCUACCCAGUGAAGGCCAUGGAGGUGGUCAACAGCGGGUCAGAGGUCUGGUACAGCAACGGCCCAGGCCUCCUUGUCAUCGACUGCACAACCCUGGACAUCAGCAGGCGGCUGGAACCCUACACCACCCCCUCGGUGGUCAAAACGGUCCUGUGCAGCUCAGACUGCAGUGGGGAGGAAGUCGUCUGGUGCCUAGACGACAAGACCAACUCCUUGGUGAUGUACCACUCGGCCACCUACCAGCUGUGUGCCCGGUACUUCUGUGGGGACCCCAGCCCCCUCAGGGACGUGUUCCCCAUGCAGCCCUCGGGUCCAGGACCCCUGGACAGCCGCAUGGCCAGCCUGCGGGAUCCCGAGACAGACCGCAUCGCAGAUGUGAGCAUCAUGUACAGCGAGGAGCUGGGCAUGCAGAUCUUGACCCACCAGGACUCGCUGACCGACUACUGCUCCAUGUCCUCCUGCUCCUCGUCCCCACCCCACCAGGUCACCAGGCCCCCCUCCAGCCUGCUCAGCUCCCCGGUCAGCAGUGCCAGCACUCCUUUCUCCACAGACUUCGAGGGCUCCGAGCAGCUGCAGGAGCCCAGUGCCACCUCGGACAGGUCUGAGCAUGACCUGAGCCCCAUGGACGGGGAGCCGUUCAGCCAGCACCUGCAGGCUGUGAAGGUUCUUGCCGUCAGAGACCUCAUUUGGGUUCCCAGGCACGGCGGAGAUAUUAUAGUCAUUGGCCUGGAGAAGGAUUCGGGUGCCCAGCGGGGCCGAGUCAUCGCUGUCUUAAAAGCCCGAGAACUGACUCCACAUGGGGUGCUGGUGGACGCGGCUGUGGUGGCGAAGGACACCGUGGUGUGUGGCUUUGAGAACGAAAACACAGAGUGGUGCCUGGCUGUCUGGAGGGGCUGGGGAGCCAGGGAGUUUGACAUUUUCUAUCAGUCCUACGAAGAGCUGGGCCGGCUGGAGGCUUGUGCACGCAAGAGGAGGUAAAUCCUGCAGAAGAAGCUUGGUGUGGCCCAGCCGGCCGGACUGCAGACUGCAGACUGCAGCCUCCAGCCUCCAGCCUCCCUGCCUGCUGCUGUGCUCCAGGACCCAGAAGUCUGAUGGGGUUUUCUCCUAACCCCAUGCUGCUAAAGAGUGCUGAGACGUUACUGCCUGCUGGUGGGGUGGGAGUUCUCAGGUCCUGCAGGGCAGUUACCUGAACACACCACCGCCCUAUUGCUGGUUUUACAGCCCAAGGGGAUACAGUGAGGUCCUCAGGAGGCACCUCUCCUACCCCUCCACUGGCGCCAGAAGCAAGGGAGGGGGACCCCACUGUGGGCUGGGUCCCACAAAAGGAGGCAGGUCCUCCUUGGCAUACUGGAGCUGCCCAGUUUUCAGCCCCAAGUGUCAGAAGGAAUUACACUAGAGUCUCAGUUGAGAAGCAGUUUGGGCAGGGCAGGAGGAGGGCUGGGCCCUGCCCCUUCCCCCAACACCCCAGCCUCUCAGCUCCAGAGUCCCCAGAGCACGGGGCCGGUUUGGGCAAGCCCAGAUCAGGUGUCUCUGCUCAGUGAAGCCUGUGUGGGAAACCCCUAAGCGCACCCUAAGCGCACCGGCGAGGACUGUCACCCAACCUGGGGAAUGAAUGAGGUCCUUUAAGUGCCGCAGCCAGAAAGCCCAGUGUGAGAGCACUCCCAAGCCCUUGCAUUCUUCUCCCACCAACAAAAGGAGAGGGAAACCCCAUCCCCGGGGCUGGAGAAAGGGCCUUGUGUUCACAGCCUGGUAAAGUAAACUUGGACGAAGCUGGAGCACAAGCCCUGUUUGUUUGCACAUCAUAAUCUUGUUUAUCACUUUAACAAAUUAAGUAAUAUCUCAGCGGUUACCUCUGGUUGUGAAAUCACAUUGUAUGGGGCUUAUACCAAAUUAUGUAUUUGCUAAACAUUUACUGCACACAUGGAUGGCAGACUGAAAAGUUAAGUUGUUCACAGGGGACGGGUGGGCACAACAGCAAGCAUUUGUAUAAAUCGUGCACACACACACACACACACACACAGACACACGUGCACACAUAGCCAUGUCUUUGCCAAGAGUGAUCAUUGAAGGCUGCUUGAUCUAGGGUGGGGAGUUAGGACAUGAGAUCAAACUCUCCCUUAAGUUCUUGAAACUUUGCUAAAAUUAAAUUAUGAAAAUCAAAUGUGAGAUUUGCUGGGGUGUGCAGGCCCAUGUGACUCCUUUUAUCUGAAAAUAAACAGACUCCCAG